GGAAAAAGCUCAAAAUUGCAGCAGCUCACGAGAAUUCCAACUCGUCUUCUUGCAACUUGUUGUAUUGAGCUGUUCUGCGGCCAAGGGAUAUGGCAACCAGCCACGUCAGAGCUCUUUGGAAAGACCCUGUGCUGUCUCCGUCGGGACAGUUGCCCAGCACCUCGUGCUCGCUGGAUCAUCACACCAGGAAUGUAAUACUCAGAAGAUGGCCGGCUGAGUCGUGUCCGACGGGAUGUUUCGGAAGUGAAUAUGGGCAGCAGUGGAGGACGAAAACUGGGGUUUUGCCUAAAGGUUGCGGAAGAGGAACUGGAGACUGUGGUUUGAGACGGUGGCGCAACCUGGCUUCUGCGUCAAGUGACCCCGAUUCAGAAAGCACAGGUGACUUUGCCUCAGAGCAACUAGACUGGCGGGACUUUCGAGCGCGGCUGGUGGCGCAGCAGGCAUCUGCAGAUGAAAAUGUGGCCGAGGCAGAUGACAUUUGGCGCGCGAGAGUCUCUAAGGAGAACCAGGAGCUGCUCGAGAAACAGAAUCCAGUCCUUGCGAAAGAGUUGCCAUGGGCGCACCCAACCGGGGGUCCAGAAGUCGGGGGGCUGGUCCUGGCAGCUCAUAACUCCCCGCUCGACCAGCAGCGAUUCUGGCAGGCUGUCGUCUUCCUGAUCGAGCACGGCCCCCGCGGAUCGUGGGGGUUACUCCUUAACCGGCCGUCCGGUUACACCAUCGGACAGGCCUUACCGCGCAUGAAUCAGACGCACGGGUCUCGGCUCCUGACGGUCUUCUCAGUGUGCCCCAUCUAUGUUGGGGGUUUCAAAUCAGACGGCCGGAGUUUGUACGUGUUGCACGGGCACUCUUUGCCGGGGGCUGAGGAAAUCGCGCCGGGCGUUUUUCUGGGGGGGCUAGACGUAGCGGCGACUGGCGUUCUGGAGGGGAAGUUUCCACCCACGGACUUUAGAUUCUUUGUCGGACGCGUUGAAUGGCUGCCUGGCGGCCUGAAGCAGGAAUGCACGGCCGAGAGUUGGUACACGGCUGCCUGCAGCAAAAGCCUGGUUCUCAAGCAGUGCAUCCAACUGCCGAAACCUCUCUGGCAGGAGAUCCUCGAGCUCAUGGGCGGGGAGUUCGCAGAGACGUCUCGACUUGCCUAUAACGAGUCCGACUGACUUCGAUGAGUUGCGUAUACAAAAUCUCUGGCCCGCUCCGGAGCGCAUUUCAUUUGCUCAUAAUGACAACUCAUGCGGGCUUUCUUAACGAGCUGUAUUUGAGUUGUCCUGUAGGGGCAAGGGCUGUGGAAGAAAGUUGCUUCUCAGUGACUCUUUUGAGUUGAAAAUGUUGCCUGUACAAAGUCGGUAGUUUUAAGUCUGGACAAGUGGUAGUGAGGCCUUCAUCUAUGUACAUACUGCCAGCCUUCUUAAGUUCACCUGAACGCGCAUUUUGAAGUUCAUGUUCUUGUGG